AUGGCGGCCAAUCAACAAUUGCGGUGGACAACCUUUGAGGUGACAACGAAUCGCCCUGUUGUUGUUGAUGAGUACAAUCUUCGGUCGUUGGGUGACAAGAUCAACCAAACUCUCGAGCGUGCUGUGAAUGAGGGGACGAACCUCCUUUUGGCCGUCCUCGUCCACCCAGACUGUCUCCUUCCGUCAAACCGAACCUUCUUCGACAACGUCAAUGGGACUGUCCGCUCUUCCUCCAUGCAGCAUAUGGAGAUCAUCUCCAACCAAGGAAAUCGGAAGGUGCUUGUGCAGAUCGUUGGCGGUGCGAGUCCAUUUGGCUUGGCUGUUCCAAUUCCUGAUGGCAACGACGACAACCAGGGCAACGGCGGCGACGGCGACGACAACCAAGGUGAUGAUGGCAACAAGAGCGACGACGCUGAAGAAGACGCUGAAGAAGAAGGCAGCAGCACCGAAGGAGAGAGCAGCGCUGAUGAUGAUUCGUCGGAAGGAGAGACGUUUGUUGGUCUCAGUCAGCUCACGAUCUAAACCAACCCAACAAUCGACACCCCAUGCUUCCCUCUAUUAGUAGCACAGUCUCUAGUGCGUAUGGUAGCCGCGUAUGAGCUCAAACAGCACCGCCGUUCGCCAUGGUCAAGCCUUCGUGUUUUUUUGACCAUCGAAACUUUAACACCUGUGAAAAACCUUUUGAUGUCGUUAAAUCUAUUUAACCC